GGUUCCAGCGAUAUCGCCCUGGUCCACCUCCCCGCGAGACUCGCCUUCGGCCCGAGCAUCCAGCCGAUCUGCUUCCCCGCUUCCGACAUCCAGGGAGCGAGCAUCGCCGCGUGCGAGAAGAGGAUCUACGGCUGGGGGUCGCUCGACGACAGAGGCUUCCUCCUGGCGCACGCCCUGCAGCGCGUGGACGUGAACGUGACCGGGAACUCCACGCACUGCUCGUCCUAUGUCGACGGGACGGUUCUCUGCGUGGAGAUGCCAGCGGAUUACGUCGACCUUGCACUUCAGUCUGUACGUAUCCUCGCACGCGAAAAUUUCCUCUGA